AGGUAUUUCUUGUCUGUCACAAGGUCAAAGCCAGGGUGGCACUUGGUCAAAGCGCAUUCAAGGCGUGACGACGCGUGACGUCACACGCCCACCUUGCGCCCACCUGUGGUAUUUAUUGGUGGUUGUCAGCCACAUAAACAGCCGCGGCGAACCAUUCAGGACCAAUAAUUUCAAGCACAUACCUUUGACUUCUAACACCCAUUCCACGUCAUCUCCUGUGCUACAACUAUGGUUGGAAGAAAACGAGCUGCAGAAGAAUCCCCCACCGAGAAGCGCGAGACGCGUAGUGCCAAGGUACCCAAAACGGAGAGUCGAAAGAGCACUAAGGGCACUGGCAGGAAGGGUGGCUCAAAAUUGAAGACGUCGAUGGGCGCUGCUACAUUCAAAUCGCGGGCGGAGUCCUUAUAUGUUAACCUCACACACACAGUGCCUUCCGCUGAUGUUGAGGCCUCUGAGAAAGACCCUGGGUUCAUGGCGGCUAUAGAACUCGUUACGACGAGCUUUUCCACUGGGAGCUUCGGAUGGAAAGGGAACAAGCGCAUGACUGUGACUUUGCCACAGAGAGAGGGAGAGGAGGAGGCGGAGAAAUUGCAUAUCUCGUUGUCGAUCAAUGCCACUGUCAUUGGCAGCAAAGACGCCAAGGAUGAGGGUGAGGAGGGAGAGCAAGCGGGAGAGAAAGAAGCCGAGGGGGAGGACGAGCCUGCACAAGAGGGAGCUCCUCCUGCACCUGCAGAGGAAGCCGAAGGGACAGAAAAAGUGUCCUCAUAAGCUGUAUCUUUAUUCAUCCGUCGACAAAGUGUUAGUUUCUGAAUGUUUUUAUUUAUCAGAGGUCGAUUAUCUAUCUGUUCGAUCUAUAUGUGUUCGUGCUUUGCAAGCUACUGUACAUGACUAUCGUUGAAUUUGAACAACGGGUACUUUUUUUCUCAUGUCAGUUCAAGUUUGCAUAUGCUGCUGUCGCAUGUGAGCAUGUCGCGUGACACAGGCGGCUUUACAUACUGAAGCGCCUUGCAUGAGCG